CGCCGCACACGCAGUCCCGCCCCUGCAGGGAUCGGCGCUGGGACGAAACCCAGGUUCUCCGCAAACCCGGAAUGUGAGGCUUUGGCCUGGCAGUCGGCUGUUCCCUGUCCCACCCUUUCCCCAGGCUGCGUCCGCUGCCGCUGUUCCCGGCUCGCCCCGGACGAGACAGGGCGGCCGUGCCCUUCUGCCGUGUGCCCGCGUGGCUGCCGCCGACCCUCCAAAUCCUCCGGGGCCGCAGAGGAGUUCGCUACGGAGGGAGGCGGGGGCCUUCGGGAGGAGGAGGCGGAGGAGGCGGAGGAGGAGGGAAGGAAGAUGGCGGCCGUGGAACUAGAGUGGAUCCCAGAGACUCUCUACAACACCGCCAUCUCCGCUGUCGUGGACAACUACAUCCGCUCCCGCCGAGACAUCCGCUCCUUGCCCGAGAACAUCCAGUUCGAUGUUUACUACAAGCUUUAUCAACAAGGACGCUUAUGUCAACUGGGAAGUGAAUUUUGUGAAUUGGAAGUUUUUGCUAAAGUAUUGAGAGCUUUGGAUAAAAGACAUUUGCUUCAUCAUUGUUUUCAGGCUUUGAUGGAUCAUGGUGUUAAAGUUGCUUCUGUCUUGGCCUACUCAUUCAGUAGACGGUGCUCUUACAUCGCAGAAUCAGAUGCUGCAGUAAAGGAAAAAGCCAUUCAGGUUGGCUUUGUUUUAGGUGGCUUUCUUUCAGAUGCUGGAUGGUACAGUGAUGCUGAGAAAGUUUUUCUUUCCUGCCUUCAGUUGUGUACUCUGCAUGAUGAGAUGCUUCAUUGGUUUCGUGCAGUAGAAUGUUGUGUGAGGUUGCUUCAUGUGCGAAAUGGAAACUGCAAAUAUCAUUUGGGUGAAGAAACAUUUAAGUUAGCUCAGACAUAUAUGGAUAAACUGUCAAAACAUGGCCAGCAAGCAAACAAAGCUGCACUUUAUGGAGAGCUUUGUGCACUCCUAUUUGCAAAAAGCCACUAUGAUGAGGCAUAUAAAUGGUGCAUUGAGGCAAUGAGAGAAAUCACAGCAGGCUUGCCAGUCAAAGUCGUGGUGGAUGUUUUAAGACAAGCUUCUAAGGCUUGUGUAGUAAAACGUGAAUUUAAGAAGGCAGAACAGUUAAUUAAACAUGCAGUGUAUUUGGCACGGGAUCAUUUUGGAUCCAAACAUCCAAAAUAUUCUGAUACACUGCUAGAUUAUGGGUUCUACUUACUCAAUGUAGAUAAUAUCUGUCAGUCUGUUGCAAUUUAUCAGGCAGCUCUUGACAUUCGACAGUCAGUGUUUGGUGGCAAAAAUAUCCAUGUAGCAACAGCUCAUGAAGACUUGGCUUAUUCUUCUUAUGUUCACCAGUAUAGCUCUGGGAAAUUUGACAAUGCGCUAUUUCACGCAGAAAGAGCUAUUGGUAUCAUUACCCACAUCCUACCUGAAGAUCAUCUUCUUUUGGCUUCUUCAAAGAGGGUGAAAGCACUUAUUUUGGAGGAGAUUGCAAUUGACUGUCAUAAUAAGGAAACUGAACAGAGGCUGCUUCAAGAAGCUCAUGAUUUGCACCUGUCUUCACUCCAGCUAGCUAAAAAAGCUUUUGGGGAAUUUAACGUACAGACGGCAAAACACUAUGGAAACCUUGGAAGACUUUAUCAGUCCAUGAGAAAAUUUAAGGAAGCUGAAGAAAUGCACAUCAAAGCAAUUCAGAUUAAAGAGCAACUUCUUGGUCAAGAAGAUUAUGAAGUAGCCCUUUCAGUGGGACAUCUGGCUUCUUUAUAUAAUUAUGACAUGAAUCAAUAUGAAAAUGCUGAGAAACUUUAUUUGCGAUCUAUAGCAAUUGGGAAGAAACUUUUUGGUGAAGGCUACAGUGGACUAGAAUAUGAUUAUCGAGGCCUCAUUAAACUUUACAACUCCGUUGGAAAUUAUGAGAAAGUGUUUGAAUAUCACAAUGUUCUGUCUAACUGGAACCGGUUGCGAGAUCGGCAGUAUUCAGUCACCGACGCUCUUGAAGACGUCAACACCAGCCCCCAGUCCACUGAAGAAGUGGUGCAGUCCUUCCUGAUUUCUCAGCGUGUUGAGGGACCGAGCUGCUGAGGGAGGACCUCAGUUAACCAAUUACCUUUUCCCAGAUUCCAGGGAAUUCAUACUGUGAAAUCAAAACCAUGUUGUUUUUGGGGGCUGGAAUUUGCAUUGAAACACUGGUCCAGUCCAUUGAAGACCCCAUUUUGGGUGAUCCCUAACUUGCAGAGUGUCUGUAGGAAUAAGCAUAUAUUCAGUUAUAUUCAGCAUGAACCGCAUGUAUAAGUAGUCUGGCCCACAUUUUCAACCUAGUAGAACAAACAACAGGAAGUCUUUUUUUCUUUUUUAAAAAAAAAUUCAUUUUGCAGAAAGCCUGAAAGAAAAAAAAGAAUCCCUAAAUAAAAUUAUUUAAGAGUUUAAAAGAGUUGCAUUCUUAUUAUGUAAGGAUGAUUUUAACAACUUUUUAACUUAUAAUUCUUCCAUGUGGAGGUAUUCAAUACUGUAUUAUAAAGAGAUUUUAUGGGGAAAAUCUUUAUAUACAGUAUAUAAAAGUUAACACAAAUACUAAUUAAAGAGGGACAUCCUGACUUAGGUUUGGCUACCUUACCCAGAGACGUGGAUACAACCACUCUCCAGAGCUCUAUUACAAGGGAAGGACUGUCAGAUUCAUCUGAACUGGACCAGUGUUGAUCUGUAAGUAAUAGAAAAUCUGAUAGACCAGCAGUUUUAACCAUUUUCUUUUUUUGGUACAACAAUGCAAGAUGCUCUGAUAGCAUUUGCUAACAGGACCAGGAGGAUCUAAAAAGGACCAGCCUAAUGUAGAAGGUGGUUAUUUGGACCAGAGGCUUUAGAUUAUUAUUUUAGGCCCUGCAUAUACUUUAUCAGUAGAAUGAUUUCAUUUAGAUGUAUAAUGAAAAGUGAUAAUGCAAAAAUUAUAUUCAUAUAAUAGGUAAUGAAACUAGGGAAAUUGGCAAUUUCAAUGGCGUAUCUUUAGUCAAGGUACACAGAUGGCAAUGCCAUGGCAAUUCUAUAAAUAUUGCAGCCAUCCCUCUCAUUUUAAAUAUUGCCCUAAUAAUCAGUGCAGUUAACAAGUAUUUGGCUGAGAGUCGUGAAAUAACUCAUGUCCACAUGGGAAUUUUAAGUUACUAUAUGGUUUGUGGGGAUUAAUGGCAGAUGAAUGCUCAAAAAUAAAAGUCUUAGAAAAUCCUUCAUUUUUAUGGCAAAUAAUAGUAGAACUGGGUCAUUUUAUUUAAAAUCCAAGAUUCAAAUAGAAAAAUCCCCUAAUGAUAUGUCUAUUUCACUAUUUUGUCUUUUUGUUUGUUGAGUUUUUUUGGUCUUUUUUCUUUUUUCUUUUUUUUUUUGCCCCAGAUGUGCUCACAGGAAUUUAUUUUAUUUUUUAAAGCCAGUCAGAUUAUUUGAAGUUGAGGUAAUACUCAAAUUUGAGACUUUGUGACAUGUAGCCAUCCCAGAAACAAAAAGGUCUUUUGCUGUUACCUCAAUUCUUAACUAUAGUGGCCCCAUCUGAUGUCUCUAUAGUCAAGAAUCUGGGUUUCCCCCUAUUUUCAGGGGUUCAUGACUUGGCUGUUAAAGAUGUUGCUCCUGGCUAAUGCUUGGAUUAGUUUGUGAGUGAGUGGAUGUGUGUUGAAUUUUGGUUUUCUUUUAACAUGCAUGUUGCGUGGGAGGGGAAAAAAAUCAAACUGUCUGCCACAUUGAGUAUAGAACAAUUACUUGGAGAUUUCAGAUUUUAUUUUAAGCACUUUUUUGAACUUUCCUACUAAAAACUUGUUUCAAACGGUUAUUUGCAGUCUUGUGAGCCAAGUCCCCAGGAGGGAAUCGACUAGGGGUAUACCUAAAGAGAUGGAGCAAACCCACACUCUAUGAUGAUAAUAACUAUGUGAUUUAGAAACCCUCAAAUUGAAUUAUUUUCUUUUUAAAUUUUGGGAAAAGUUGGCACAAACCUGCAGUUUGCUAAGGUGAUCUCCUUCCCAGUUAAUUGCAAUUUAAUGCUGAGAGGCUCCUCUUUAUCAGCUACCAAAUAGUCUUAAGUUACUCAGCUCUGUCCUCAUGGGCCUAUAUAUUUAAUACCUCCAAAGAUAUUUUCACGUAAGGCUUUGUAUACUUUUAUUGGUUAUUUAGAAUCCAGUGGUAUAUUUGCGGUAUAGGAAUGUCAUGGUAAAUUGUUUUUCAAUAAAUAUUUUGAAACAUGUUUCCAUAUGAAGUUUUUUCCCCCCCAAUCAAUCUGUACUUUGCAUUUGUGCACAUGCAUCAUUUCCUAGGAUAAAAUCUAGCAAAUGACUUACAGCCUCAUCCUCCUUAACUUGGUUUGAACUCAAUUUAGCUCACACUCAGUAAUAAAGCAACAUGAUAUUUAGAAGCCUAGGAUCAUAGGGUGAUACUAAGUGGCAGCCAGUUCUUUUUUAAAACAUCAUAUUGGCAGUUUCUCCUUGCCAUCACUGUUUUAACGUAGUUUUCUGUAAAUCCAUACAUUUUGAUUUAAAGCAUACACUCUAGCUUAAGAAAACAGAUUUGCCAUUUCUGUUAUAUGACUUAAUAUGCUAUUAUUUCUGGUUCUGAUGAAUAAUACCAUAAUUUUAAGUGUAGGAUUUAUCCUUUCAGUAAGGAUGUUUAGGAUAAGCUCGAGAGAUGAAUGCCACCAUGAUUUAUUGGGUUAAAAAAUCUUGAAGAAAAGAAUAAAAUUUACCUCGCAACAGCAGAUAGCUUGCACAGAGUUUUUACAUAUGGUGGGGUUGUGUAUAAGGAAACCCUGGCCAACUUAAAAUUGAUUUUUCUGGAAGUUCAGUGAAAUAAUGUUAAAUUAGGGGUCUCUUGGUCUCAACCUUCUUUGACUUUUCUUCUACCCAGUCUUUUUCCUAAAGUUUGGUGCUACUCAAGUUGGGUGCAUCAGGGAGCUCUGCUAACACUUGCAUGUGUCACACAGGUGGCCAUUCAUGCCUGCACUCAGUUUAAUAGAGCCAGUUGGGUUUUUUAGAGCAUAACUCUUAGGGGUCCUCAAAGCUGACUUUGCCCAAAGGAUUGGGCCCCUUACUACCAUUAAAUCUCUGUCUCUGCUUGGUUAAAAAAUGAACUCACUAUUGCUUUGUAGUAAUGCCUGCCCAGGUAUUCUUUCAUUCGUGAAAAUUAAGGAUUUUUUAGAAAAGCCUUUGUUCAUAGCCUAUUAGGAAGAGUUCAUAAUUUUGUGAAAAUAAAGUACAGAGGCUGCAAUCUUAGAAAUAAUGAGGGGAACGUUUGGCUGCUCCUUAUAGUACACACAGAAAGCUGAACAGCAAACACAUGCCUAAAACAUGAUUGAUGCUUUUGGCCAAAACUUUGCAAAUUGAAGGAAUGAUUUGCUAAGUAGCAAAUAUUGUUAGCUGCCACUUGUUUUUUAUGUUUUCCCUAGAAUUGGUAGCCUUGCUGCUUCCAAACUUCUUCUUCUGUAUGGCAAAGUUACUACUGGAAAAAUGCUAAUUUAUAAGUGCAAAUUUUUAAGAGUUGUAUUUUUGCUUUAAAAAUUAAUGUCUGUUUCACCUCUUGGCUUUGGAGGAAGGACCUCAGUUGCCAGGAAAUUCUUUUUUUUUUUUUUUAAUAUGACAUUUGGAUUAAUCUCCAGCUUGAAUACUAGUAGUUCUUUUGUCCACAAAUCUCAGGAAUGUUUUAGGCAGAAAACUGGUUUUACCCUGUUGAUGAUCUGAAGGAGUGUGCUUUAGGAUUUAUUAAAUAAUACUAUUCUUUAAUUGCAAUCCUAGGUAUCUAUAGCAUGAGUGGCCUUAGUGAGUUUGUUGAAGUGCACAUGUUUUUCAAAAGUAAAAUUUAAGAUUAAAAUAUAUGCUAUAUAUAGAUAUCUAGAAAACUUGGUUGUGGUGCACAGUUAAGUGUUGGAUCACUAAAUAACCAUUGCAGGUACCAUUUGUGUAAUAUUACUCAUUUCUGUAUAUUCCUUUUAUGGGAAAAUAUGUUGCCAUGGUAACUAAAACCUUUCAAUUUAGUUCUACUUUUAUGAUGUGAAUGAAUGCUACAUUUUAUUAAAUAUUACCAGGUCAGUACUAUUUUUAUACUUUAUUAAGCAACAGGGGAUUUUAGUUUAAUAGGCUCAAAAUAAAAAGCUCUUAAUGGAACAAUUAAAAGCAAAUUACUAACAAUCUUUACAUGAAAAAUCCCCACUAAUAGUGCCACAGUAAUUUCUAUAGAAAUAUCUAAGGUCAUUAAAUAGAUUUUUGAAGACAGUUCUUCAUUGUGUCAGAAUGACCUUUCAUAUCAUUCUCACCAACUUGUAGUGCCCACCAUUAUUUGUAACUAUUAAACCAUACUAAGUAUGUUUGUAACCAGCAUUGUGAUAUAUUCUGUACUUGUAUUGCUAAAAAUGAAUUAUUGACCUAAUAAAUAUAGUGUUCCUG